AUGGUGCUCAAAGCAACUCUACUCACGGCCCUGGGAUGGCUCCUUCGAGGAAGUCUCGCGGCGCCAACUAACGUCACCGUCCACGACGUCAACGACCUGGGCUCCGAACUCACACCUGACGCCCACGGCACGACAUACUUCACAGCAGAGGGCUACUCCAGCAAAGACUGCACCGGGAAGAAAUACUGGGCCUAUGAAGUGUCUUGGGGUACACCUCGCUCGUGCUUAUCUGAGAAGCAAGAGAUUGCAUCAGUGUGGGUUCGUCACUACGGUGAAUGUGGCGACAAAAAGGUCAGGAUUCAACAAUAUUCACAGGUUAAUGUCUGCAACGAUAAAGAAUGGAGCACGCAGCGUACCUCACGGGGGAAAUGCUUGACUUUGCGGAAUAAGGGGCGCGGGGCGUGGUAUAUUCGUCUUGAGUGUGAGGGACGUAUGGGAAGUGCCUUUACUUUUUAG